GGGGUUAAGUCCUCAGCCAUCCUAUUCUAAAGUGAUUUAUGAUGAUGUGUAGUGUUUCAAAACUUUCCCCCACCCCAAAGAGCAGCCCUCCCCACCCCACCACCACCACCGAGUCCACUCUAAACGUGUUGAAAUGGGAAGGAGGCGGUGUUUUGCUGAUCUGUUAAAUUCUUAGUGAAGUUUCCUUGAUUUCCAGUGGCUGCUGUUGUUUGAGUUUGGUUUGGAUCAAAACUGAGGUUGUCCUGGCAUUUCUGGGACUGAAUCCAGGCAAGAGGAAGAAGAAAAAGAAGGAGAAGGAAAAGAGGAGAAAAAAGGUGGGGAAAAAUAAAGGGAGGAGAGAAGUGUAGGAAAAGAAAAAAAGUCCUUUUUAACAUCACAUUCCUGUGUUUUCCCUCAGUCUGGAAAACAUAUUAAUCCCAGUGCUUUUACGCUCGGAAACAAAGGGACUAAGCCAGACUGUGGGGGAAAGGGUGAUAAGAAGGAUCCUGGAACUCUAAAGAGAGAAAGAGCGAGAUUCAGAACUAGCUGGGGCUCCACUUUAAGGGACGUCCUGUGUCUGUCGGCACAGGAGAUUGGCACACACAGACACACGAGACCGCGCAGAGACGACAGACAAAUGGAGAUGCAAAGACUCAAAAGGACAGCUCCUUUCACUUCAUCCUACUUGUCAAGAAGGUAAAAAGACACAGCCAGAAAGAAAAGAAGAAAGCAGCUCAGCCCUCAGGUCAGGACAGGCGGUGGGUCUGGGGUGCGACUUUGGGAGCUGGAGCGCGGCUCACCCCCUUUGUAUCGCUCAGCCUCGCAAGGAGAGAGAGGGUUGGGAGGAAAAGUGUUUCAUCUGGGAAACUGUCCUGGGACCACACUUCAGAUUGCUUUUUAAACCCUCCGCAUUCCAUCUCCAUGAGCCACAAUAGGAUUGCACAAUGACAUGGAGAAUGGGACCCAGUUUUACCAUGCUGUUGGCAGUGUGGCUGGUGUGCGGAUCAGAACCCCACCCCCAUGCCAUGAAUAGAAGGAGCCAUGGAGGGCGGAAAGUGCCUCUGGUUGCCCCAGUCAACAGAAGGCCAGCUCGGUUUCUGAGGCACACGGGGAGGUCUCAGGGAAUUGAGAGAACCACUCUGGAACAAUCAAACCUUCAGCCUCUCCAAAGAAGGAGGAGUGUGCCGGUGUUGAGAGUAGCUCACGCAACUGCACCGCCAGCCCCGUUCGGCAUCAAUGGGCAGAGACCAACAGCCCGGAGUUCUCCCCGUGAGAUGGUCCGAGACGAGGGGUCCUUAGCUCGGUCAAGAAUGCUGCGAUUCCCCUCGGGGUCCAGCUCUCCCAACAUCCUUGCCAGCUUUGCAGGGAAGAAUAGGGUGUGGGUCAUCUCGGCCCCCCAUGCCUCGGAAGGCUACUACCGCCUUAUGAUGAGCCUCCUGAAGGACGAUGUGUAUUGUGAGCUGGCGGAAAGGCACAUCCAGCAGAUUGUGCUGUUCCACCAGGCAGGCGAGGAAGGAGGCAAGGUGCGGAGGAUCACCAGUGAGGGCCGGGUCUUGGAGCAACCCCUGGACCCCAGCCUCAUCCCAAAGCUGAUGAGCUUCUUGAAGCUGGAGAAGGGGAAGUUUGGCAUGGUGCUGUUGAAGAAGACGCUGCAGGUAGAGGAGCGCUACCCUUAUCCGGUCAGGCUGGAGGCCAUAUAUGAGAUCAUCGACCAGAGCCCCAUCCGCAGAAUAGAGAAGAUCAGGCAGAAGGGUUUUGUCCAAAAAUGUAAGGCCUCUGGGCUAGAGGGCCAGGUGAUGGAGGAGGGGAACAACGGUGGAGGAGCAGGGAGGCCGGGUCUGAGCAGUGAGAAGAGGAAAGAAGACCAGAGGAGAGCACACGUCCCGCCAACCAGAGAGAGUCGGAUGAAGGUGAUGCGAAGACCCGCCACCACUACGGGGGCUCCUCCCUCGCCUCCUCCAACCCCAAGGGCCACCACCCUGCCUCCUGCUCCAGUCACAACAGCGACUCGGGCCACCUCUCGAGUGGUAACUGUAGCUGCAAGACCUACAACCACUACGGCCUUUCCGACCACCCAGAGGCCCUGGACCCCUCGGGUGCAUCCCUCAUUAGACGCCCACAGGUCCCCAGCCACAGCGGAGGUGACCACUGUCAGGGGGCCGGUGGCCUCAGAGAAUCUCUACCCUCCACCCAGGAAGGAGCAGCACAGGGAGAGGCCACAGACCACCAGGAGGCCCAGCAAGGCCACCAGCUUCGAGAGCUUCACGGCCGCCCCUCCCACCACCAUCUCGGAGCACAGCACGAGGGCUGGAGCGGGGCGGCUCCGGGACAACCGCACGGACAGGCGGGAGCAUGGCCCCCGGGACCCAAAUGUAGUGCCAGGUCCUCACAAGCCAGCCAAGGGGAAGCUGCCCAAAAAGAAGGCCCAGGACAAAAUUCUUAGCAAUGAGUAUGAGGACAAGUAUGACCUCAGCAGGCCUACUGCCUCCCAGCUGGAGGAGGAGCUGCAGGUGGGGAAGAUUCCCCCCAAAAAGGCAAAGGAGUCGAAAAAGCAUGAAAAGCUGGAGAAACCCGAGAAGGAGAAGAAAAAAAAGAUGAAGAAUGAGAAAGCAGACAAGUUACUCAAGAGUGAAAAGCAAGUGAAGAAGGACAAGGCUGAGAAAAAGAGCAAGCAGGACCGGGAGAAGAGCAAGAAGAAAACAGCAGGGAGAACAGAGCAGGAAGGCUUCCCAAAACCCAGCAGCAAACACCUCACCUCCAGUCCCCGGAGGUCAGUGACUGACCUGCUGGGCUCCUUCGAAGGCAAACGAAGGCUCCUCCUGAUCACCGCUCCUAAGGCUGAGAACAACAUGUAUGUGCAACAGCGAGAUGAAUAUCUGGAAAGUUUCUGCAAGAUGGCCACCAGGAAAAUCUCCGUGAUCACCAUCUUUGGGCCUGUCAGCAACAGCACCAUGAAAAUCGACCACUUCCAGCUAGAUAAUGAGAAACCCAUGCGUGUGGUGGAUGAUGAGGACUUGGUAGACCAGCAUCUCAUCAGUGAGCUGAGGAAAGAGUACGGAAUGACCUACAAUGACUUCUUCAUGGUGCUCACAGACGUGGACCUGAGAGUCAAGCAAUACUAUGAGGUGCCUAUAGCAAUGAAGUCUGUGUUCGAUUUGAUCGAUACUUUCCAGUCCAGAAUCAAAGACAUGGAAAAGCAGAAGAAGGAGGGCAUCACUUGCAAGGAAGACAAGAAGCAGUCACUGGAGAACUUCCUGUCCAGGUUCCGAUGGAGGAGGCGGUUGCUGGUGAUCUCUGCUCCUAAUGAUGAAGACUGGGCCUAUUCACAGCAGCUCGCUGCCCUCAGUGGUCAGGCAUGCAAUUUUGGUCUGCGCCACAUAACCAUUCUGAAACUUUUAGGUGUCGGAGAGGAAGUUGGGGGUGUUUUAGAACUGUUCCCAAUUAAUGGGAGCUCUGUGGUGGAGCGAGAAGACAUACCAGCCCAUUUGGUGAAAGACAUCCGUAACUAUUUUCAAGUGAGCCCGGAGUACUUCUCCAUGCUUCUAGUUGGAAAAGACGGAAAUGUAAAAUCCUGGUAUCCUUCCCCAAUGUGGUCCAUGGUGAUUGUGUAUGACUUAAUUGAUUCCAUGCAACUCCGGAGACAGGAAAUGGCCAUUCAGCAGUCACUGGGGAUGCGCUGCCCGGAAGAUGAGUACGCAGGCUACGGUUACCAUAGUUACCACCAAGGAUACCAGGAUGGUUACCAGGAUGACUACCGUCAUCAUGAGAGUUACCACCAUGGAUACCCUUACUGAACAGAAAUAUGUAACCUUAGCCCCAGUCCGUUUCCCCUGCAGCUGUUAAAGCCACAUGUGGCCAGCUACGUAAAGGAGUCCUUUCACACUGUCUACAUUCCCUGCCUUUUUCUUUCAGUGUUCUUCCAAGAUUAAAUAAAUAGCAAACUUUUGCCUACUCAUGAGUUGUUAUUGAAGCCUUAAAUCAUAAAGACAUUUAAAAGAACUGUUUGUUUCUCUAACUGGAGGGGAUAUGGUGCUGAAUAAUGGUACUGAAAAUGGAUAUUUUCCUUUUCUUACAUGAUGGACAUGAUCUGGAACACAAAAUUCUAUAGAAUACGUAUUUAUACCUCUCUUCUUUUUUUAGUGUUAAUUGGUAAGUAAAAACUUCGACUGUUAAAGAAAAUUAAAGAUCA